GAUUUUCAGAAGGCAGGAGGACAGGGAGCAAUAGCAUGAGGGCCUUGUACAGCACAGUGGCAGCCCAUACUAAUUUACCAUUUUGCCACCACCCUCGUUUUCUCUCUCUAAACUACCCAUCAUUCUCUCCCCUUCUUCCACGCCCAUCUCUCCAAAACCCUAACCCAACUCUGUGUCUCCACAGACCCACCAUUCCAUCUUCCCCUGUGGUGUUUGCAUCUGCAUCAAUGGCUUCUGGGCCAUCCACUGACACACAGACCAAGCCCUUCUCUGUCCUCUUUGUGUGCCUUGGCAACAUCUGCAGAAGCCCAGCUGCUGAGGGUGUCUUCACUGAUGCUGUCAAGAAGAGAGGGCUGGAUUCCAAGUUCAAAAUUGAUUCUGCUGGCACCAUUAAUUAUCACGAGGGUAAUCUAGCGGACCCAAGAAUGAGGGCUGCUUCAAAAAGGCGUGGGAUUGAGAUAACUUCCAUCUCAAGGCCAAUCCAGCCAUCUGAUUUUAGAGAUUUUGAUCUCAUCCUUGCAAUGGACAAGCAAAAUAGAGAUGAUAUAAUGGAGGCUUUUGAUAGGUGGAGAUUUAGAGAAACCCUCCCUGCUGAUGCACAUAAAAAGGUCAAGUUAAUGUGUUCCUAUUGUAAGAAACAUGAUGAAACUGAAGUCCCAGAUCCUUACUACGGGGGACCGCAAGGUUUUGAGAAGGUUCUGGAUUUACUUGAAGAUGCUUGUGAAUCAUUAUUGGACAGCAUUUUGGCAGAGAACAGUCAUCUUUUGGAUUCUUAGCUGUGGCUGCAAAUUUAAUUUUUUCAUGUGGCCUGGGUUGAUCCUUAAGGUAGGGAAAAAGGAACAGAAAAGGAAGAAAAUUCAUGCUGAACAACAUUAUCCAACUACAUAAUUGUAUUCCUUUCUUUUCUUGCUGUAAAAAUAUGCUAUGAGUUGCCAAACUCUUGAACAGAAAGAUGUACUCUGUAUUGAAGAUGGGCAAUGUUUUAUUGCUUAAUUUAUCAAUAAGUUUUGAGUUCAGGAACACUCUUA